GCCACUAGCUUGUGCGGGCCACUAACUUGUGGAUUACGUUAUUCCUUAGUCAGUCGGUGACCGUAUCAUCUUGUGCUAUGACCGUACCUAGGUAUCAAGGCUUACCGAUGGCACGCACGAAAUGCCUAUGAAAGUAUCUUCAAGAAGACGAUCAAAAAUAUGAAAGGAGAGGCAACAUGUUAAUUACAGUCAUGACAUUACUGAAGUCGAUUGUCUGCAGGCGCGCGGCUGGAGCCUCAGCCUCGAAUCUUCUAUGAACCUCUUCAAUUCAGAUCCAUCUCCACCAUCUUGCCAUUCUUUGCUAGAUCGUGUGGGACUCAACCCAAGCACUUCUGCCUCGAACCGCUGCUACAUCGAAUGCGACACGUGCAGUUCUGUCAAUGCUCAGGCUCAAAUGCGUCUUCUGAAGCUGGAAGAAAGUGGCGAAAUUAGCCUCACGAAAGACAUUACCUACCCGACAUCACCUUAUGCGAUACUUUCACAUACCUGGGGAAAAGAUGAUGAAGAGGUCAACUUCGAGGACCUGAAGGAUGGUUCUGGGAAGACGAAAGACGGAUAUGAAAAGCUUCGGUUCUGUGGACAGCAGGCCGCUCGCGAUGGCCUACAAUACUUCUGGGUGGACACUUGCUGUAUCAACAAAUCGAGCGACAGUGAGCUUUCGGAAGCCAUAAAUUCUAUGUUUCGCUGGUAUCGUAAAGCAACAAAAUGCUACGCGUAUCUGACAGAUGUUUCGACAAAUGAUCAAAUCGCCCUGUCUUUGCAGCCGUGGGAAGUAGCUUUUGAGAGCAGUCGAUGGUUCACACGUGGUUGGACACUUCAAGAGCUUAUAGCGCCGCAAUCGGUCGAGUUCUUCUGCUCGAAUGGUAACCGACUCGGUGAUAAGAAAUCAUUAGAGGAGCAGCUCCUUAAGAUAACAGGGAUUCCGGGUUCCGCUCUUCGAGGCAGACCGCUAUCUUAUUUCAGUUUCGACGACCGAGUAUUAUGGGCACGAAAUCGGGAAACUAGUCGUGAAGAAGACCUUGCUUAUUCCCUGCUAGGCAUCUUCGACAUCUCAAUACCGGUUAUCUACGGCGAGGGGAAGGAGAACGCAUUCCGUAGGCUGAACCGUGAAUGGAAAUACCGACUCGACGACCUUUCACAGGCUACCUCGAAUCACGCCAAGCGGUUGAUACUUCGGCACACGCUCAAGGAGCACUACGGCCCGGUCUGGACGGUAGCCUUCUCUCCCGACUCAAGGAUACUAGCGUCGGGGGGAUGGGACCAGUCAUUGAAGCUCUGGGACGCGACUACUGGUACGCUGCAACAGACGCUUGAGAGGCACGGCAACUCGGUUAACUCAAUAUCGUUUUCACCCGACUCGAAGCUACUAGCGUCGUCGUCAAGAGACAUGAUAGUACGGCUCUUUAACGCAGCUACCGGUGUACUGCAGCAGACACUUAAGGGGCACAGGGCCCAUGUUUGCUCGGUAGCCUUCUCGCCCGACUCGAGGGUGCUGGCAUCAGCGUCGCACGACGAGACGGUGCGGCUCUGGGACGCGGCCUCUGGUGAACUUAAGCACACGCUUAAGGGGCACGGGGGCCAUAUCUACUCGGCAUCCUUCUCGCCCAACUCGAGGCUACUGGCGUCGGCGUCGCACAACAAGACGGUGGAGCUCUGGGACGUGGCCACUUAUACGCUGUUGCAGACGCUCAAGGGGCACAGCGGCUUGGUCUGGAAGAUAGCCUUCUCACCCGACUCGAGAGUGCUGGCGUCGGCAUCAGACGAUAAGACAGUGCGGCUCUGGGACACGGCUACCGGUACCCUGCAGCAAACGCUCGAGGGGCAUAAUGGCUCGGUCUUAACGGUAGCCUUCUCGCCCGACUCUAGACUGCUGGCGUCGGCAUCAAAAGACAAGAUGGUGCAGCUCUGGGACGCGUCUACCGGAGUGCUACAGCAAACGCUUGGGGAGCAUAACGACUUCGUAAAUACAGUAACCUUCUCGCCUGACUCAAGGCUAUUAGCGUCAGCGUCGUCUGACGCGACAGUGCGGGUCUGGGGUGCUGCCACCGGCGCGCUAUAG